AUGGAACCCGCUGUCGAUUCCUCUUACUACUUCCUCACGCUAACUCUGGAUUUCUUUUCGCCUGAAUCCAUUUCUUCCCCUGAUGCCAUGACAGCCAUGUUUCCCGAAGCUCUUUCACCCGUACCCCGCAUGCCUGACGUCAUGACAGCGCUCCCAUCUGGUGUCAGAAACUUGAAGAAGAUGAGGAAGAAAACGGAAACCAGUUCCUCCGAGCGACUCUUUGAGGACCAUGAUUGCCUCAAGGGCGUGAACUACCGGUUUGAGUUUGAAGGUGAUACAGGUAUUUUACGCGUGAUACCAGGGUAUCGCCACGAAUAUACCACCACGGGACUCCAACAGCAAGUCAUUUUACAACUAGCUAGUAUAGGACUAAAUCGGCAGUAUCGUUGGGGCGGAGCGACGCCAUAUAAUUCUCUAUCGCGGAACAAAGAGGGAGACCAAGUAUUCAGCCCCUCUACACGUUGGCCAUCGAGCACUAGCUUACAAUGGCCUACCGUGGUUGUUGAAACGGGUGUAUCCGAGAGCCUGCGAAGACUACGACAAGAUGCUAAAUGGUGGUUCGGGGCCUCUAAUGGAGAUGUACGCAUGGUGAUUAUCAUAUCUAUCAAGAAGACCGCCGUACAUUUCGAACAAUGGCAGCUCGCUCCACCCAACGCCCCUCGACCCCUAACCAGAGCCUAUAUUAAUAGCCUCCGCCAGCAUUCUAAUAACGUGCCACCCCUCCUCCAACAGCCGUUCAAUAUACAGCAGCCAUAUUCAUACGCUGAAGUGGAUGUGACUAAAACCACAGUCGAUGGUGCCCCAAUGACAAUACCAUAUUGUGCUCUAUUCGACGUUCCUGUCCGACCCCCUAACAUGCAAGAUGUUGUGCUUGGUGCAGAAGACUUCCGUUUCAUCACUGCAGUCAACUUCUCUUGA